UCAGCACUUCAAACGAUAAAACAGACACUACAACACCUCACUCAAUCACUUCUCCAUCAAAACACUUUCCUCAAUUCCUCUCAACUCACAACAAAAACAAGUAAUCAACUCACCAAAUCACCAAAAAUGCAAUUCUCCACUCUCACCAUCGCCUUCUUCGCCCUCCUCCCAGCUCUCACCCUCGGCGCACCAGCCGCCUCCCCAGAACCCAUUGCCAUCGCCGAACCAGAGGCUGCAAUCGAAGCCCGCGCCAACACCGUCCGAGUCCAACUCAACGGCCUCUCUGAGCUCGCCGUCCAGCGCGAAGUAGCAACCAACAACGCCAUCACGCUCAUCUCGGGCCAAUUCACUGAUGGCUUCAUUGCCAACUUGAACGGUCAGAAUGGAGUCACUUGUCAGGCUUAUUCUGACAAAGCUGCUACCAAGAAAGUUGGUGGCAGAUUUGGAAAGGGUGGUGUCAAGUUCAAUGGAGGCAAGGCUGUUACUGUUGCGGCUGUUAAGUGCUCCAAGUAGCUGGAAUUGCAACUGGGCAGAGCUUGAAAGGGGGUGAAAUUGCGGACGUUGCUUUGUGUUUUUGAUUUUGUCUUUAGAAUUUGUUGGCAUUGCGGGCUAGCAUAGCAUUUUGUUGGUGGACAGCAUUGGGACGGGAGGGCGGACUGGUACUGCAUUGGGCUGCGUUGCAUUUUCACAUUCUUUCAAUAAAUAGACAGCAUUGAU